AGCCCCCCUUUCUUUCUCUCUUCAUUCUUCAUUUCUUGCAUUCAGAAAAACCCUAAUUUCUUCUAUCAAAGCAACCCCUAAGUCUUGUACUCAAUUCAAUCUAAAAGAAAAGCCAAAAUGCGUGAAAUUCUUCACAUACAAGGAGGCCAAUGUGGGAAUCAAAUAGGAGCAAAGUUUUGGGAAGUUGUGUGUGCGGAGCAUGGAAUAGAUUCAACCGGGCGUUACGAUGGAGACACAGAUCUUCAACUUGAAAGAAUUAAUGUUUAUUACAAUGAAGCAAGUUGCGGCCGUUUUGUUCCACGUGCUGUCCUUAUGGAUUUGGAACCUGGUACUAUGGACAGUGUCAGAUCUGGUCCUUAUGGUCAGAUUUUUAGACCUGAUAACUUUGUUUUUGGUCAGUCUGGUGCUGGUAACAAUUGGGCUAAAGGUCAUUAUACUGAAGGUGCUGAACUUAUUGAUUCUGUUCUUGAUGUUGUUAGAAAGGAAGCUGAGAAUUGUGACUGCUUGCAAGGGUUUCAGGUUUGCCAUUCUCUUGGAGGUGGUACUGGGUCUGGAAUGGGAACACUUUUGAUCUCAAAGAUUAGAGAAGAGUACCCAGAUAGGAUGAUGUUAACUUUCUCUGUUUUCCCUUCUCCUAAGGUUUCCGAUACAGUUGUGGAGCCUUAUAAUGCCACUUUGUCUGUUCAUCAACUUGUGGAAAAUGCAGAUGAGUGUAUGGUUCUUGAUAAUGAAGCCCUGUAUGACAUUUGCUUCCGUACACUUAAGCUCACUACUCCUAGCUUUGGUGAUUUGAAUCACUUAAUCUCUGCAACAAUGUCUGGAGUUACAUGCUGCUUGAGGUUCCCUGGCCAGUUGAACUCUGAUCUUAGAAAACUUGCUGUGAAUCUUAUUCCAUUCCCUCGUCUUCACUUCUUCAUGGUUGGCUUUGCUCCUCUGACUUCCCGUGGCUCGCAGCAAUACCGAGCUCUAACUGUUCCUGAGCUAACCCAGCAAAUGUGGGAUUCAAAGAACAUGAUGUGUGCAGCUGAUCCAAGGCACGGUCGUUAUCUAACAGCAUCUGCCAUGUUUAGAGGAAAGAUGAGUACAAAAGAAGUUGAUGAGCAGAUGUUGAAUGUGCAGAACAAGAAUUCUUCUUACUUUGUAGAGUGGAUUCCUAACAAUGUGAAAUCAACUGUUUGUGAUAUUCCACCAACUGGUCUCAAAAUGGCAUCAACAUUUAUUGGGAAUUCGACAUCGAUUCAGGAGAUGUUUAGGCGGGUGAGCGAGCAAUUUACUGCCAUGUUUAGGAGGAAGGCUUUCUUGCAUUGGUAUACAGGUGAAGGAAUGGAUGAGAUGGAGUUUACUGAGGCUGAGAGUAACAUGAAUGAUUUGGUUUCUGAGUAUCAGCAAUACCAAGAUGCAACAGCAGAUGAGGAAGGAUAUGAAGAUGAAGAUGGAGAAUAUCAGGAGGAAGAUUAUCAGUAGAAUUUGUGUUGAACCUCCUCAACUUCCAGUUGGCUGGUUUCUUUCUUUCUUUUCUUCCUUAGUAGGCUAUAUGAAUGAAAAGAACAUAUUUUAAUUUGAUGUACCCCUUUCUGAAUUCAGUAGUAAAAAUUUGAUUCCCUUUUGGCCUACA